GGAGGAGGAGGAGACAGAGACGAACUGCCAAAGAGAUGCGCGAGUUCAAGGUAGUCGUCCUCGGCUCGGGCGGGGUAGGCAAGAGUGCACUCACCGUGCAAUUUGUUUCGGGAUGUUUUAUGGAAAAAUAUGAUCCGACGAUCGAGGACUUUUAUCGUAAAGAAAUCGAAGUGGACAACUCGCCGUGUGUACUUGAAAUCCUUGAUACCGCCGGUACCGAACAAUUCGCGAGUAUGCGCGAUCUUUAUAUAAAGAACGGCCAAGGGUUCGUCGUGGUUUACAGUCUGACGAAUCAUCAGACUUUCCAGGAUAUUAAGGCGAUGAAGGAAUUGAUAACACGCGUCAAAGGUACCGAAAGGGUACCGGUGUUACUUGUUGCAAACAAACUGGAUCUUGAGCAUCAACGUGAAGUGGAUACAGCCGAAGGUAAUGCUUUGGCUCACCUGUGGGGCUGCCCGUUUGUCGAAGCUUCUGCGAAGAAUCGUACAAACGUGAACGACGUAUUUGCGGAAAUUGUACGCGAGAUGAACUUCAGCCCUGAGAAAGAGAAGAAGAGCUACUGCUGUUGCAGCGUCCUCUAAUAAUUAAUCAAAAUCUUCAACCAGGCUUACCAGAGCCGUGUUAGGUAAAAGAAACGUAUAGUGGCUGACCGGGCUGCAUUAGAUGCAAGUUUAACCGUCUAAUGACAGCGCUCUCUCUUUCUUAAGCUCAACCUUGGAGCUUGUGCUGUGAAUUCGCCAAUCUGUAAGACUAAUAUUAUGAUCGUAUCCUGGAUUUUUGUGAAUUCAAAUAUGUCAAAGACUCGUGCCGUCUCCUGGUUCUUUUUCUAUUGGAAAAUCACAGUCUGCUGUUUAGCCGGCUGUUAAAUAUUUUAAUAUACACGGAUAGUAUUAUGUGUAAUAUUAUUGUAAUAUAUAAUGAUAGAUAUAAGCGGGCAAUGAAAGAGGUAACUCCGUCGGUAAAGGACCAAUAGUCGAGAGAGAAAAGGUGAAAGAGAGAAAUAAGGAAAAGAAUGGGAAAGGACACGGAUAAUGUUAAGGGUGAUAACAGAACUGCCCCGUGGUAGUUGUUACUUGUUAACAGCAAAACCAAACACGAUACGUCUAGCUUUCUGCUCAAUUUAAAACAAGUAUCCAUCGUGUAUUUGUUCCAGUCCACGAACCUCUAUUACUUGCAGAUAGAUGCCAGACGACAAAGCAUUCAAACUGUUUGAAAACGUUGAAGGAGUCGCUGUGGUGGUCAGCCAUUUGACAUAGCGAAAUAAAAUUUGAGUAAAUAUUGUCUACAAUGUACAGUCAAGAAUAUGAAAAAGAAAAGACGAAUGGUCUUAGACGCAUUGUGCAAUGAUUUCCGUUAACGAUAUAUUACCUAUGCUCAAAUGCCAGAGGCUGCGGUAAAGAAUACAUUGUAUAGUGGGCUCGAAUGGUGUGUCGUUAAUGGUACUGGUAUUGAUUGUACAGUUCUAAAUAGUAGAAAUAUGUUUUAUUAAGAUGAACACGAAGUUAACAAAGAUGGUCGUCAAUGGAUAGAAUUUUAUAUUUGAGAUCAUGAUAUUUGGACAGUUGUGUUCUCAUCUAAUUUCGUUAUAAUUCCACUGUUAUAAUACCAGACACUGUUCAUACUUUUAUUUCAAUAAGAAAUAUCUUGAUUACAAUGAGAAUUGGAAAUACUAUUUUAACCGAUCAAGGCAUAACGAUGAAAAAGCAACGGUAGAAGAUUAAAAACGAAAUGAAAACACCAAUGGAAAUGAGAUAUUGCAGUAAUGCUACGGAGGAACAUUAACACGUAAUGUCAAUCGUAAACAUAAUUAUAGGAUUUAUAUGGUAAAAGUGUAUAUGAUAGAAGAAAAAACAGAUACAAAUCUUUGUACAAUUCCAAAAUGUUUUAUAGCCAAUUUUAAGCCAGCAAGAAGAGGUGAGAUAUUGAAACAAGUGUUUCGCAAGAGCUUGCUGGUACAUUGAACCCUUCAACUGCAAAAUGCAUAUGUGGUAUUCGUAAUAUCUAAUACAUCCAUUGCUUUGUACGAACAGAAAAAUCUCCAUUUGGAACUAAUCACUGCUGAGUUUGUGAAUGUAAACUGAAGAACAUAAAAGAAGAAGAAGAAGAAGAAGAAGAAGAAGAAAAAGAAAAAGAAGCAAUGGACUCCCUUAUAAGUAGUAGCAGUAGGUCGUGUGUAAUUUUUCUCGUGUGAUCAAAAUCAUAUUAUCCGAUAUUAAUACCGCUUUUAUACCAUAACAGUCAUUACAUUAGCUCGAUAUGUUAUUAUUUAACACAACCAUCAAAGUCGUUCAUUUCCGUGUGAUUGCUGCACGACGUAUCUUAACAAAAAAUAAGGGUUGUUCAAUCGAUUAUCAGUUUUUGUUCGUUUUACGAGUCUAACCGAAGGAUUAUUAAUCCUGAUUUCACAAAAGAAAACAAAAAAAAAAAA